GAUAUGAGUCAAUUUUAUUUUAUGUGAUAUAAAUAUUGAUAUGAACAGUUCUUGUUACAAUGGCAUCAGAAUUAUUUUGGUGGAUGUUAUAUUUGGUUAUUUUUACAAUAAUAUUACAGAAUGCAUUUGCUGGAUUUAAAAUAAUUAUUAACAAAGCAAAUAAUGUGAGUUCUUUGAAUUUUACGGAAGCGACAGCAUUGUAUGGUUAUUAUACGGAAGAACAUAUCGUGGUCUCCGAAGAUGGGUAUAUUUUGACUAUGUUUAGAAUACCGAAAGGUAAGAAUUGUGAUAAAGCAGUAAGAUCACCUCCAGUUCUACUGAUGCACGGGCUCCUCGUAAGCUCGGACGCCUGGAUUGAUUCAGGUCCCGAGGCGGGCCUGGCGUAUCUCAUAGCGGAUGAGUGUUACGACGUUUGGAUCGGCAAUGCCAGAGGUAAUCAUUACUCGAAAGAACAUUUAAAAUAUAAUCCAAAAAAAGACCCAGAAUAUUGGAACUUCACACCGAACGAAAUCGGAGUUUAUGAUGCCCCGGCUAUAAUAGACUAUAUUCUUAACAAUACGGAAUCAAAGACGUUGAAUUAUAUAGGUUAUUCUCAGGGCGGGAUGAUGUUUGUCAUAAUGUGCUCGGAGAGACCGGGAUACUGUGAUAAAGUUAGUCAAGCCAUUCUGUUACAUCCAGCUACAAGAAUGAAUUCUACAAAAUCUAUAAUGUUUAGAAUGUUCACUAAAUACUACGAUACUGUACAGCCGUAUAUCAGCAGCGCAUCAGAUUUGGAAGCUCUCCCUCAAGGGGGCAUCCUUCAGCAGCUUACCGGCGUGCUGUGUCAGAACAAAAUUCUUGCGGACACAUUGUGCAGGUCUAUUAUGUACUUAAUUGAUUCAGAACAUCCAGGAGCAGUCAGUGUUCCCACUAUACAAACUCUAUCCAACCAUUUCCCUGCCGGGACAUCAGUGAAAUCAAUGUCAUUUUACUAUCAACGUGUAAGUACUGACAGGUUUAGUAAAUACGAUCACGGUAGAGAGGUAAAUUUAGAAGUAUACGGUGCGGAGGAGCCACCUGCAUAUAAUAUUAAGGCUGUCAAUGUACCAGUUGUAAUAAUUCACGGUGAAAACGACCAUCUCACGUCUCCAAAAGACGUGCAAUGGUUAUCAAAGCAGUUGUCCAACUUAGUAGAGCUGUAUUAUGUUGAGGAUUCACGGUGGAAUCAUCUCGACGUACUUUAUAAUCAACAUCUUAAAGAGAAGAUGUUUCCUAAGAUAAAGGAGUAUUUGUUUAAGAAUAGUGAGUAGAUUUUUAUACUUAUUUUUGUUGGAUUCGUAUAUUUAUCUUUUAACCAUGACCUUAAAGUCGGGGAUCUUAAAACUUUAUAAUUGCGCGUUAAUAAAUAAAAACUAAA